CUUCAGGCUAAGAGGUGUUCCCCACUCUGCAGCCAGACUCCUUGAAAUACCCUUUGAGUGAGCUCGGUCAGUGUCUCCAUGUCUCUGCUCUGCUAUAACAAAGGCUGUGGGCAACACUUUGACCCCAAUACCAAUCUCCCUGAUUCCUGUCGCUAUCACCCUGGGGUCCCAAUCUUUCAUGAUGCACUUAAGGGUUGGUCCUGCUGCCGAAAGCGAACUGUAGAUUUCUCUGAGUUCUUAAACAUCAAGGGCUGUACUGUGGGACCACACUGUGCAGAGAAGCUGCCUGAGGUCCCUCCUCAGCCCGAGGGCCCUGCCACAAGUUCACUUCAGGAGCAAAAACCUCUGAAUACAAUUCCAAAGUCAGCAGAGACCUUGUUCCGAGAAAGGCCUAAGUCUGAGAUGCCUCCCAAACUGCUACCACUUCUUAUAUCUCAAGCCUUGGGAGUGGCUUUGGAACAGAAGGAACUAGACCAGGAACCAGGAGCAGGACUUGACAAUAGUCUGAUCUGGACUGGUUCCAGCUGCCAGAACCCAGGAUGUGAUGCUGUUUACCAAGGUCCUGAGAGUGAUGCUACUCCGUGUACCUAUCACCCAGGGGCACCUCGGUUCCAUGAGGGGAUGAAGUCUUGGAGCUGUUGUGGUAUCCAGACUCUGGAUUUUGGGGCAUUCCUGGCACAGCCAGGAUGUAGAGUUGGUAGACAUGAUUGGGCAAAGCAGCUGCCAGCAUCUUGCCGCCAUGAUUGGCACCAGACAGAUUCCUUGGUAGUGCUGACGGUCUAUGGGCAGAUUCCGCUUCCUGCAUUUAACUGGGUGAAGGCCAGUCCAACUGAGCUUCAUGUCCACAUUGUCUUUGAUGGCAACCGUGUGUUCCAAGCACAGAUGAAGCUCUGGGGGGUCAUAAACGUGGAGCAGAGCUCUGUCUCUUUGAUGCCAUCACGGGUUGAAAUCUCCCUGGUCAAGGCUGACCCAGGAUCCUGGGCCCAGCUGGAGCACCCUGAUUCACUAGCUGAGAAAGCGAGGGCAGGGGUUUUACUAGAGAUGGAUGAGGAAGAAUCUGAGGAUUCAGAUGAUGACCUGAGCUGGACAGAGGAGGAAGAUGAAGAGGAGGAAGAAGCUAUGGGGGAAUAGUAACAGCAGACAGUUGAGUUUCUAGGUAGGCCCCGAGUGACCGCUUUAGAAUCUCAGAAACCAGGAUAUGGUUGACCGUGUGGUGUCAUUGGGCAGCAGGAAGCUAAAGGAGGAGAGAACAAAAUGUGCAAAUGUGCUGCUGCUCCCCUAAAUAAACAUGAUAUUCUACGUCUCA